CACGCAAAAUUAUAAAAUAGCCUAAAAAAGCUUAAAUGAAAGACCGCCAGAAUUCCCUCCGGGAAGUGACGUAACCACGUACGGGCACGUUGUGACGUCAUAGUUCGAGGAUGAGAGGUCACAGGCAACAUGGCGGCCAAUAAACGUGUACUUUAUGUUGGUGGUCUGGCCGAGGAGGUGGAUGAGAAGGUGCUCCAUGCCGCUUUCAUUCCCUUUGGUGACAUUACUGAUAUACAGAUUCCUCUAGACUACGAGACAGAAAAGCACAGAGGCUUUGCGUUCAUCGAGUUCGAACUAGCUGAGGAUGCUGCCGCCGCCAUUGAUAACAUGAAUGAGUCAGAGCUGUUUGGCAGAACGAUCAGGGUGAACAUCGCCAAACCUAUGAGGAUCAAAGAAGGCUCAUCUCGACCAGUGUGGUCCGAUGACGAUUGGCUGAAGAAAUUCUCGGGAAAGACCAAAGAAGAGGAAGAAGGGACAGAGUCGGCAGGGGAAGGAGUCAAAGAAACACAGGAGGGUGAGCCGCCAGCCAAGAAAGGACGGGCCAACCCCCAGGUCUACAUGGAUAUUAAGAUUGGGAACAAACCAGCAGGUCGUCUUCGCUUCCUGCUCCGAGCAGAUAUCGUUCCCAUGACUGUAGAAAACUUCCGGUGCCUGUGCACCCAUGAGAAAGGUUUUGGCUUCAAGGGCAGCAGCUUUCACCGGAUCAUCCCACAGUUCAUGUGUCAGGGCGGGGACUUCACCAACCACAACGGAACUGGUGGCAAGUCUAUCUACGGGCGCAAGUUUGAUGACGAGAAUUUCGUUCUCAAACACACAGGUCCAGGCCUGUUGUCCAUGGCAAAUUCUGGUCCCAAUACCAACGGCUCACAGUUCUUCUUCACCUGUGACAAAACGGACUGGCUGGACGGCAAGCAUGUGGUGUUUGGAGAGCUCAUGGAAGGCAUGGAUGUGCUGCGGGCCAUGGAGGCACAGGGUUCCAAAGAUGGCAAGACCAAACAGAAGGUGAUCAUUUCAGACUGUGGGGAGUAUGUGUAACAGUGUGAUGGCAGCACAUGCACCCAUGUGCAGGAGUUCCUGGCCAAGGUCAUAUUGUACAUCUUGGCCAUCCACCAGCAUUUUCCAUGACUUUGUUCAAAGGCUGCUGUUGCCCUAUGUGACUCUUGUCAGCAGUCCAGGCUCUCCCCAGGGACCCAGAGAUGG